AUGCAAAUCCAUGUGGAGGGGCUGGUGGCGAUUGUCAUCUUCUACCUGCUGAUUCUUUUUGUGGGAAUUUGGGCAGCAUGGAAGAACAAGAAUUCUGGCGUGUCGGAGGGAAUCGAUCGAAGCGAGACCAUAAUGGUCGGCGGAAGGGAUAUUGGAUUAUUUGUUGGCGCGUUUACAAUGACCGCAACUUGGGUCGGAGGUGGUUAUAUUAAUGGCACAGCAGAGUAUGUGUAUCUUCCCGGGUACGGCUUGGCAUGGGCUCAGGCUCCCUUUGGAUACGCGCUCAGCCUUGUUUUGGGUGGCCUUUUCUUUGCCAAACCCAUGCGCUCCCGGGGUUACGUUACCAUGCUUGACCCCUUCCAGCAACUGUACGGCAAAAGGAUGGGAGGUCUGCUGUUCAUCCCUGCGCUAAUGGGGGAAAUAUUCUGGUCAGCCGCCAUCUUAUCUGCCCUUGGUGCUACACUGAGUGUAAUCAUUGACAUCGACAUCAAUAUGUCUGUGGUCAUUUCGGCUCUUAUUGCCAUUUUCUACACGCUGGUUGGAGGUCUCUACUCAGUUGCCUACACUGAUGUUGUCCAGCUCUUCUGUAUCUUUAUAGGACUGUGGGUGAGUGUUCCUUUUGCUCUCUCGAACCCUGCGGUGUCUGACAUCGGAGUGACAGCAGUGAAGCAGCUCUUUGCUAAUCAGACUGCGUGGCUUGGGAAGAUAGAAAACAAUGACAAAUGGAUGUGGGCUGACAACUUCUGUCUUCUGAUGUUGGGGGGGAUUCCCUGGCAGGUGUAUUUUCAACGGGUUCUUUCUGCCUCUUCAGCUACCUAUGCUCAAGUUCUCUCUUUCCUGGCUGCUUUCGGUUGCAUCAUCAUGGCUAUUCCCUCCGUUCUUAUUGGAGCUAUUGGGGCAUCCACAGACUGGAAUCAGACGUCCUACGGACCAAUUCCUCCAAUGCAAAAGGACCAGUCUGACAUGAUCUUACCAAUCGUGUUACAGCACCUGUGUCCAAGCUAUAUAUCCUUUUUUGGUCUGGGGGCAGUUUCUGCUGCAGUGAUGUCAUCAGCUGACUCAUCCAUCCUAUCGGCCAGCUCUAUGUUCGCUAGGAACAUCUACCAGCUUGCUUUCCGCCAAACGGCUUCCGACCGUGAGAUUGUGUGGGUCAUGCGGAUCACUAUUUUUGUGUUUGGAGCUCUUGCGACAGCCAUGGCUCUUCUGACUGGGACCGUUUAUGGUUUAUGGUACCUGAGCUCUGAUCUGGUCUAUGUCAUCAUCUUCCCCCAACUUAUUAGCGUUCUCUUUGUCCGUGGCACCAACACUUACGGCUCCAUAGCUGGAUACAUAUUUGGGUUGAUCCUGCGCAUUGGCGGAGGGGAACCUUAUCUCAAACUGCCUCCAUUUAUCUACUACCCUGGAUGGACCAUUGAGGAAAAGGUUCACCACGUUACCCACGAAGUGGAAUACCUAGUGAUGCAGAGGUUUCCCUUUAAGACCAUUUCCAUGCUGGCCUCAUUCCUAAGCAACGUGGCCUUUUCUUACCUGUUUAAGUACCUAUUCGAGAGCGGCACUUUGUCAGCAAAAUAUGAUUUCUUGGAUGCAGUGGUGGCCAAGCACAGUGCUGAGAUAAUGGACAAGACCACACUGGUAAACAGGAACAUCAUUGGGCUGAAUGAAAUGGCCCCUGUCAAACCAAGGCUAAGUGUCACUUUAGCUGCAGCCUUCUCUAGGAAAGAAACCUUGACUGAAGAAGAUGACUCCAGUCCAGAAUCACCAAGUCACGAAAACGAGUAGAGGCCAAACCAGAGAACAAUCUCCACGGGGCAUCUCUCUUUCAUAAUGUGAAGAAUAGUGUUUUUCCUUUAUUAGUCAAGAUAUCUUCGGCAGACAUUACAUUAUCUGUUAAUUUUACGCCCCAUGACUGGAAUUUCUGUCACUGCUUUCAGAGGAGAAUGGGCUAUGAAAUGGAACAGUGAAUACAACAGCAGUGAUUUUGGUGGUUUGGGUAAAGUAGGAAAAAACUUGCUGGUGUUUCUUUCCCUGAGAGGCUCUUCGACUCAUAUUGGUAUGUACAAAACCGGAGUGACUUUCCUUUCCCUUUUAAAAAUGUUUAGAUGCUGUGAUAAGAGCCAGAUAACAAUGAAUAAUCUUUUUCUUCAACCUGGAUACAGUUAAGUCCAGAUAAAAAACAUAACAAUGACUACAAUAUAUGCGAUCAUAGAUAUUGAAUAAAUAGUAGGUGUAAGUUCAUGUGUUA